UCAUAUCAUGGAGCACAAUGUCAGGGGAUGACCAUCACACCAUUGAUUAACAUGAAAAGUAUUCACAGCUCAUUAAGGAAAAGAGCAAAAUCACUGAAUCCUCCAAUCACAUUGGUGAAGGGACAGACAGCAAAGCUGAAUAGUGUGAUCCCCUGGCCCUUCUUCCCUGUCUUGUGUCUUCUCUCUCCCUCCCUGGCCUCCCCUGCAGUUCCUGAUACUCCUGUGUCUGAUUCCAGGGGAGAACUCUGAGGCUGGAUCUCCCACCGCUUUAGGGGUGGUGAAAAAGGAGCUCCUUGUGGAAGUGCUGGAGUACUGCUCAUAUAAGGUCAACAACUAUUUGGACCACCUGUACAAACCACGGCCCAUAAAGGAGAUCAUCAAGUUUGUGAACGGGUUGGUUGGUAAGAAGAUGGGGCAGCCGGAUAAGAAAAUGAACUGUGAGCACUUUGUCACGGAUCUGAGAUAUGGCAAUGCCCUCAGCGGGCAGUUGGUUGAAGAUCCCAGGCCUGGAGACAUAAUUGAGAUCUCUCACAGGCUCUACCGUGACUGGGCGCUCUGUGUGGGCGAUGGUUAUGUGAUCCAUCUGACUGCUCCAGGUGAAUCGCGCAGUAUUGGGCCCUUCAACAUGCCUAUGUUUCUGAGUGGCAGGGCUGAGGUCACAAAAGAGCCUCUGCAGAAGGCGGCUGCCGGCUGUUCCUACAAGGUCAACAACCACUUGGACCAUAAGUACAGACCCCAGGCUGUGCAUGAGAUCAUCACUUCUGCCACGGAGAUGAUUGGUAACCAGAAGACUUACUCAGUUCUUCGUGAAAAUAGCGAACGUUUUGUCGCUGAUCUGAGAUAUGGCUUGUCCCGCCGUGAGUUGUCAAGCGAGGACCCAAUACCUGGAGACCUGAUUCAAAUUGGAGAUGUUUACAAGCACUGGGCAAUCUAUGUGGGAGACGGUUUUGUGAUUCAUGUGAAAUCAGGUGUGUCCUCCGGGUCUAGCUCUUCCGACCUUGAACAUGGCUAUGCAGUACUACAAGACAUGGUGAAAUGUGAACCUCUGAAAGAAGUGGCAGGGGAUAACACGUACAAGGUCAACAACUUCUUGGAUAACAAGUACAGGCCCCGGCCUGUGCAUGACAUUGUCAAUUUGGCGGAGAAGAAAAUUGGUGAAACCUGGAAUGACUAUUUUUAUUUCCCAACUGUGAGCACUUAGUCGCUAAACUGAGAAAUGGCCGCCCUGGAGCCUACAGAGUGGAGUUUCCGAGUCAGCUGGUGCUUCUGUGGCGGUGCCAACAGUCCUGGCUACUUCUUCGCAGUGCUCCCCAGCAGUAACAGCUGCUUGAAGAAGCCACUAAACAGUCUCCAGUUAGAGGCCACUUCAAGGACCAGCUGAUCCCCUCUGUGCCCGAUGCUCUCUCCCACUGGCAUUUCCAGGGACUAAUUCUAGCAAGACCAUAGCUUCUUGAAGAAGAAAAUGAAUGAAUCCAGUGAUCCCUUUACCAAAUAUUUCCACUACUUUCCUGCAAACUCAAGAAUCUUUGGAUAUUCUUGAAAUGUUAAUGUUUAUUGCAUGUAAUCCUAUCUAAUAAAAGCCUAAUAUGCAAAUUGUCCCCUCAACCAGGAGUUUGUCCAGGGGACGGGGCUGGCCAACCGCCGUGGCCCCUCUCCCCAGCCGGCCCUG